AUGCCUACUGUCGUCGGAAGAGAGUCAAAAGAAUGGAACGAUGACUUUAUGCGACCAAAACAUAUUACAUUCUUUUUACGAAACCUGGAUGUUCUUCCAGAAGCGUAUUCUUCGACGGAUACUAACAGACUGACCAUUGGAUUUUUUUCUUUAUCCGGUUUGGACAUGUUAAAUUCCUUGUCAGAAAUCGACAAAAACAAAGAUAAAUUCAUUGAUUGGAUUUACUCUCUGCAAGUUCUACCAAAUGAAGACGAGUCCAACAUUACUCAGUGUGGAUUCCGAGGGUCCAAUGCUAUUGGAAAUGCUUUUGAUUCUGUUUUGGCUUGUAAACAAAAUAUUCCAUUUGACAGUGGCCAUAUUGCAAUGACAUAUUGUGCUCUACUCUCUCUCAUUAUACUGGGAGAUGAUUUGUCUAGAAUUAAUCGAAAAGGAAUUCUCAGCGGAUUACGGCAUUUGCAAAGAAAAGAUGGCAGUUACUGCCCAGUAACUGAAGGUGGAGAAAAUGAUAUGAGAUUUGUGUACUGUGCAGCCUGCAUUUGUUAUAUCCUUGAUGACUGGAGUGGAAUGGACAGAGAUUUGGCCAUCUCUUACAUCAGAAACAGUUUGUCCUAUGAUGGAGGUAUAGGACAGGGACCUGGAUUAGAAUCGCAUGGCGGUCCAACAUUUUGUGCUGUAGCUACCUUAGCUCUUAUGGGGCGACUAAAUGAAGUAUUUACACCAAAGGAAUUGAAAAGGUUGAAAAGAUGGUGUAUCAUGAGACAGCAAGUGGGUUUCCAAGGGCGACCAAAUAAGGCGGAUGACACCUGCUAUUCAUACUGGAUUGGUGCUACACUUAAGCUGCUGGAUGCAUUCGAACUGACAAAUUUCCGGCAAAAUCGGGCAUACAUUUUAGAGACACAAGAACCAAUAGUUGGAGGGUUUGCCAAAUGGCCUCAAAAUCUACCAGAUGCUCUUCAUACAUAUUUUGGACUUUGUGGAUUGUCAUUGAUGGGGGAAAAAAGCACCAAUGCAAUGGAUCCUGCCUUGAAUUUAAGUCAAAGAGCUGCAAAACAUUUACAAGAACUUCAUAUGAAGAAGGAAUGA